ACGAACUUACGUGUAACUUUAGGUAUUCUUUUUAUUUUUUUUGGAGGGUCGUUGCAAAUAUAAAUAAGCCUAUAAGAAUAUCAUCAAUCCCAUCAAGACCAGACAAAAGCCCGACUCUUUCCACCACGUUCUCUUGUGUUCUGUUCUGCGAAUCGAUCUGUUUCGUCAAAUCAGAGAGAGAACGGACGAUGGAUUAUUCAGUGGAUCGAACCACUCUGAAGCGCUCUUCGACACGUCUCACUCUCUUGGCCCAUUUCUUCGGCAUCUUAUCCGUGAUUCUCAUGCUGGUAUGGCUUCUCCAUUACCGUGAAGGCAUUGAAUAUGAUUCCGACAACCCUGCUAGAGUUUUCAACGUGCACCCGUUUCUCAUGUUCUGCGGUUUCCUCUUCCUCGUCGGUGAAGGGAUGAUGGCGUACAAGACGGUGUACGGGUCACACUACGUGCAAAAGGUGGUGCAUGGAAUGGUGCAUAUGGUGGGAUUGGUGCUUGGGAUUGUGGGGAUAUGUGCCGUUUUCAGAUUCCACGACAUGCAACGCCUCCAGGACAUGGUCUCUCUCCACUCGUGGAUCGGUCUCUCCACUUUCAUCUUGUUCUGUCUCCAGUGGGUGGUGGGUGUGGUCACGUACCUGGCACCAAAAGCGUCGACGGGGACGAGAGUGGGGCUAAUGCCGUGGCACGUGAGCGGAGGGAGGGCGCUGCUUUAUAUGGGAAUAGCCGCAGCAUUGACCGGACUCAUGGAGAGAUCCACCGGACUCGGUAUCGACACUCGGUCCGAGUCACGACUCAUCAACUUCACCGGCCUCUCCAUCCUCCUCUUCGGCAUCUUCGUCGAUUUCUCCGUCGCCCUCUCCCGCUACGCUUGACUCCCUUUCUUUUCCAGAUUCUCCAUUAUCAGAUCUUCUGCCAUUAUUAUUAUUUUUUAAAAAAUUUUAUAGUCGUGUGAGCCAGUUAUUGAGAGUGUUUGUUUAUCUUAUUGAAUGGGGUUGAUGUUUUAUAUGGUAAUUUUUUUUAUAUCGUUGUAUACUACAUUGGAUUUUAUUUUAUUUAUCUGUAAAGUGUUUUUUUUUAUGUAA